AUGAGUAUUUCGGCGGCAGAAGGCUAUGCUGGUAAUUUUUGGUCUACGGAGACAGAUGCAUCUGUUUCUGUUCUGACUGACCAUUUUCAUGAAAGCACAAAAACUAUAGAGCACCUUCUUCAGUUUUACAAGGAGAGGAUCGCAAUAGAGCACGAAUAUGCACGAAAAUUGAAUAAUUUGGCUAGGAAGAGUGGCUUAAAUUCUAUGCGUAAGGAAACUGCAACUUUGACCGACAGUAUAAGAGUCUUAAUCGAUGAGACGAAACAGCUUAGUAAUAGCCACUCAGUGGAAGGUGAAAAGUUAUCGGAAUUGGUCUAUUUACCUCUGAAAGAGUACUUGGGAAAUGUUCGCGGCAGCAAUAAACCAUGGGAGUCAACUAUAUUGGAGUUUGUCAAAUAUAAAGAAAAUUUCCUAUCCACUGUUAGGCAAUCCCAAAGUAAAUAUGAAUUGUUAUGGAAAAAGGUUAAUAGCUAUAAAACUGAACAAAUUCUUUUAGAUGAUACGGAGGCCAAUAGAAUUCAGAAGAAAAUAGACAAAUGUACAGAAGAGAUGAUAAACCAAAGGUCUAACUGCUUCAAAAUGAUUCACAAAUAUAACAAAAUUCAGGAGACAUUCAAGCAACAAUGGUGUCGGUGCUGUGUGGAAUUUCAAAGGAUUGAUGAGGACAGAAUAAAAUUUAUUCGAAGGAAUAUAUGGGAAUACGCAAAUGAUAUUAGCUCGGCAUGUAUAUGUGAUGAUCAGAGUGCUGAAAACAUUAGGUUGAGCCUUGAAAAAUGUUCCUAUGAGGCAGAUAUCAAAGGAUUCACAAAAGCCUAUGGUACCGGUAACAAAUCGUGCCCACCUUUAAAAUUUGUUGAUUUUGCGAAAGGGGAGGAUAUGUCUUCACAAGUAUCGAAAUCUGCAAAAACAGUUGAUGUCGACGAAUUACUUCGUUCUACGAGAUCCAGUAGAAGUGCUUCAAGUUCAAUCAGUCCUGUUGAAUUUCUGAAAACCAAGAAGAAACAUCCACCCAAAGCUACUGAAGAACAGGAAACAGCAAUUAAUAUGAUUGAUAGAAGCAGUAAGACUUACUCUGAAUUACGCCGAGAAGAAGAUGAGGAAAAAGAUGUGAAACAUCCUGAUGAAGGUGGCUCUGAGCCAAGUACUUACAAAGUAAUGUCGGACUACUCUACCACGACAACUGAUACUAGUGUAGGGUCCUCACAAGCUGUGCAGAAAAAAAAGCCUACAUCAGAAUUGAAUAACAGUGUUUUUUCAAAUCCAUUAUUACAUUCAACAGCCUCUUCGAAUCAUCCGAUUUCCGCACAUACCGAGAAAAACAACGUUGCUGACAUUUUAGGUAAGAAUGAUGAUCCAUUGAAGGCUUAUCUCAAUGAUCUUUCUCUCGGUGGUAAUGGUGAUAUGUCGAAAUUUAGGGAAUCCAUGAAACUUGCAAAUAGUCAGAAUAGCUCAAGGAAGCAAAAUGGAUCUGGUAACCGCGGCUUUUCGAAAGAUAUACACGAACUACUGAAAGAAGGGGAUGUGUACAAAAGUUUUGAAAAUACCAGGAAAGAUACAAUACAUCAUAAAAAGAGUUUUAGUUGCACUCCCGCAUUUCCAGCGGAAACAAAUGUAAGUACUGAGAGAAAAAUAUCAUCGAAUAGAAAACAGAGACCCUGGAGCACACAAGAUAUUGACGGAAGAUUAUUAAACGAUACUUCAAGAGUUUCUUCAGUUCAGUCACGAUCGAUAAUUCAAAGAAAAGUAUCCUCUUUGAGAAGGACCAAGUCACAACAUAGUUUAGGCAGCAAAUUCAUAAGUGUAGAAAACUUACCAACACAUUCCUCCGAGGGUUUCCCAGUUCUUAAAUAUUACAAAGCGCAGUAUAAUUAUAAGGCUGAGAUAGAGCAGGAAUUAAGCUUCAAAAAGAGAGAUAUCUUGAUGAUACUUCAUCAGCAACUUGAUGGCUGGUGGUUUGCAGAGGACGUGAAUUCAGGAGAGUCCGGUCUUGCUCCAAGCAAUUAUUUAGUUGAACUUUGA